AUGUGUUUUUUUUUUGUGUGUGUUUUCUCACAUUGCUACCAUAAUUUUUUGCCUCUUUUUUCUUGUUUUUCUUUUCCUGUUACGUGCAGAGCAUCAAUGCCAACUUGGUCAUUUGUGGAAUUAUCGUGUAGCUUCCUAAGCCCCAAGAUGGUGGGUGAUUCACCGUUUUUUGCGCCACUGGAGGAGCGUCUCAGCACCAAACCACCAAGCUUGUCGAGCGCACUGUGGGAUUACAUGCACUGCACGAAACGGGCCAUCAAUACCCGCAUUAUUGGCUUCUGUGAGCCAACGUUGAAGCAGUGCGUUGAUGACCUGGUGCUGUAUACAAAGGCCUCGAAAUGGGGGGGUUGUAAUGCGGCUUCCCUAGAGGAGGUGCUGCGGCGGCGACGUGGGGAUGUUGACAUCGAGUCGCUGCCCUGGGAACCACGUGAGUCGUAUAAGAAGUGGCUGAAGGAGCAAGGGAGAAUGAGAGAGCAAUGA